GGGCGCUCACGCUCAUUACCGCUUCGCCGGCCGGCCCUGCGCACACGCAUAGCGCGUUGCUCGCGAGUUGCGGACCAUUAAUACACCGACGCACUGCCUACGACAUGUUGCCUCUCAUCUCUCGAUACAACAUGGAAAGCUUUUCGAAAUCGUGCAUCUGGCUUGUUGCAGCGGCGCUCUUGGCCGCUAGCGGUGUGAGUGCUGGCGUCGGAAGCAAAAGGCCUUUUACGCCGACUGAUUCCAUCUUAGAUAUUAUCGACACUGAGCAAGUUGAAAGAAUACUCGCAGCGCGAAGGCGGACGGAGGAGGCGACGGCUUCGUCAACAUCGUACGUUCAGAGAAAUGAGCUUGGUGAAGGCAGUUCUGAGACAAUGGUCGUGUCUGCACCAGAACAGGAGGAUGUGACCGAAAUACCUAAGGGAGCGGCGUUUCGAAACAUUCUUAAAUCUUCGAAAAAUGCUCUACUCGUUACCAAAAAAGAAUAUUUGAAAGAAGACUGGUGCAAAACCGAACAGUUAAUACAAAAAAUUCGGGAGCCCGGAUGUUUACAGGCGACAGUGAUUAACAAUUUUUGUUAUGGACAGUGCAACUCGUUUUAUAUUCCGAAAGGACCGCGACGUCGCGAAGGCAAUGACGAACGGCCUCCACCUGCGUUUAAAUCGUGUUCGUUUUGUAAGCCAAAAAAGUUCACCUGGAUCACUGUUACGCUCCGCUGCCCUGGACAGAAUCCCCCCUUUAGACGCAAGCGCCUACAAAAAGUGAAACAGUGCAAGUGUCUUCCGGUGGGUGUAAAUUGAUGUAGACUCGUGACAGACCCUCCUUACAGAGGCGGACAAUACGUCCAGCUUGAUCCAAGUAGCAUCCGAGGCGUUUGCUGACCAAGCAACAGGUUGGAAUAGGAGAGAAUAAAUAAAAGCAAUAAAAUGUGACGUGAACGGGCUUGUAAUGACAUUGUUACCUGAUGUUUUGAUUAGUGAUUAUCACUCGUACAUUGGGGCAAGUAUGGAGCGGACUGUUAAACAUAUUCGGAACGCGUGCUCGGUGCUCUCAUACGUCAAUAGAGAUGACGUCAUGUGAUGCAGAUAUAACGUCUAAUAACUUUGUAAUAGAGCGGCUUCGACUGCAAGUCGUGAAGCAAGAGCUUUAAUUGUCUUUAGUGUUUCUGAUUAGUUGGCCGCUGGAAAACUGUCGACUGGUGACCUUGCUGUCGUUUCAAAAGUAUUUAGUUCAAACGUGGCCGCGGCAAAAUCAGUGAAUAUCGCGUUUUAUUAUUUGAAAAUCUAGUGCUAUUCUGUAAUUAACAUCAAACUCAACGUUUCCGAACGUUUGGUACGGAAUAAAUGUGAUAUUAGUUUUAGGCAAUACUCUAGUUGUUACGCAUUAAACGAACGCAAGAAACAGUUUCAUGUUAUUUAUUAUAACUAUUAAUUAUCAUUAUAUCGUAGUUAAUACCAAAAUACGCUUAUAUUAUAUAUAAUCUAAUGAUAAGUAUUAUUUCAUCGUGAUACAAUAAUAACGAGAUACUAAUAUGAACACUUGACAGAGCAAAUGUAAUUUGUCAGACUUAAAGUUAAUUCAAAUGUUAUGAUCUCUAUUUGCUCUCGAGUCGUAUUUUGUUUAUAAAUAACAAUUUCCAUAAUAUAUUGUCUUAUGUUAUGUUUGACAAGUGUAAAAUAUAUCUUGCGAAAGAUAUCAUUAAGCAAACUACGCCCGUGCAUUCUCACCUCCGUCGCCCUCUUUUAAAACACGAGAAUUGAGACUAGUGUUCGAAAUUAAAAUUAUAUUUUAUUAAAUAUUUUUAAAUAUUUCAAUUUAAUUUUCGAAUUCGUUCCAUGUCACAAUUAAAGAAUUUGUAUAAAAUUUUAAUGAGUAUUUAUAAUACUAUGCAGAAAACCAGGUAGUACUCUUUUACCGGUAUAUUAAAAUUAUUUGUACUUAGAUAUGUUUGUUAUAUCACAAACACCUACUUUUACUAAGGUCGAAACAGCGAAAAAGUACGAACUGAAAUGAGAGUAUAUAAAUUAUAAAAAAAAAAUUUAAGUGAAGACAUCAGAUUAAACUUAAAAAUAUAUAUAUGACUGUGCACUUAACAGACGUUUGUUAAAAAAAAAAAAAUGACGUAAUAAAUAAAUUGUCUAAACUAAACCGUAGGCGUCGUAUUAAGUAAGUCGUGGUAAGUCUUAUAGUGUGUUUUGCCUUCAGAAAAUGUUCGGAUUACUGUUGUGUUGUAGAUUGUAACAAUAUUAUGAGUGUAGGCUCUUGAUAUACUAUCAACCUACUUCGAAUCAGCCUUGUGGAGGUAAAUAUGUUUUCGUUUCUAAAUGUAAUUGAGUAGAUAUUUAUCCCGAUAUUUACAUGUGUGUGAGUGAUUGUGAACUGUCUUCUUAGAUCUGAUAAUGAUAAUUAAAAAUUACAAUAGUCAACAUUUAUUGUAUGGAAAUAAUAUGAUACAUAUUUCACUUGUAUGAUGUAUAAUUAUAUAUAUAUUAGUAAAACAACAUUUUGUAUUGAACGUAAUUUCAUCUUUCUUUCUUGACAUAUAAUAAAACUACAUA